UGUCAGUAGGUUAUUGUUGUGUAUAGGUUUAUACUGUUUUACUUCAUUUUUGUAUGUCUGUAUUUAUGUAGCACCGUGGUUCCGUGAGGCACGACCUUUCGUUCCACUGUACCUUUUCGUUCCCUAACCCUAACCCUAACCCAAACCUAACCUCAACCUCAACUUGAACUUGAACUUUCAUUUAAGUUUCCAUUUUGACUGGCUUUAAUACAAACACUUCCUUCUUCCUUUAUUACAGCUAAAUGACAUUUUGUUUAAUCAAAUGCUGCUAAACUAAAUGCCAGUGCUAUUAAUAUUAUUAUUCAUGGCAUUUGAAUGCCUGACUAGAGUUUGUGUUGUUUCUUGUUCUGAAAGUACAAAGAGUGUGGUUUGAGUUGAUGUUAAACCUGACCCCAGAUCAGGGUUGUGAUGCUCGAUACUGAAACCCUGGUUACACCUCUUCCUUAUUAAAGUAAUAGAAACAUGCAUUUCCUCUGGGUGUAUUUGUGAUUCUCACCACUUUCAGAGUCACUAUACUCUUGCAAGGACGCUUGUGUACAGGCUGGGCCAAUUUCGCUAAUGUACCACCCAUGAUGUCACAUUUUAAGUCACUCUCUGGUGAAAGUCCAUUUUCCCAACUUGCUCAGAACAAUCAAUUCGGCAGCGCCAGGAAUCAUGAGCAGAAUCCAGUGUUGAUCCCCAAUCAGGUGAAACUCAAACCUGUGGACAUGAAUAAAGGUCCAGGCUCCAAGCCUUUUCCUAAACCUCUCAUGGUCAAACCCAACUUUACGGUUAACUCUAUGGAGACCAGAUUCAAUCCUCCAGUUCCUAACAUCAAGACCAGUAGUGACUCGAGAAGUGAUGCUUUUGGAGUGAAUCUGCUCAAUAGAGGGAAACAGGAGAACGCUUAUACACAAGCCCCUACUGGAGCUGGAUCCCAGAUUCCUGCCAAACAGAAACCCCUUCUUCAUGAAAAGAUCUCUGCAGCACCGGAAACCACUACUGGUGAUUUGUCAGUGCCGAAAAAGAAGCCACUUCCCGGUUUGUUUUUGUUAGGAAAGUGUCCGGCCAAACCACAGAGACCUCCACAAGUUAACCUCGACAAGUUCACAGGGAACGUAUCCAACACCAGCAACCCUGAGGAAAAUUUCUCCCUCCCACCCCCACCAUCAGACUUCACAUUUCUACCUGCUCCCCCUCCGAUGGAUGAGGAGGGGUUUUACGAUGAUACGGAUGUCAUGAGCCGGACAGAGACUUCACUAGAUGAAAGCAGCAAUGUCCCUGAGAUGUCAGAUGAGGAAAUGUACGAGGAUCUUGAACACAACUGGCCAGAAAACAACAAAGAACCGACAGAAGAAAAGACGACUAAAGACUCUAAAGAACUAAAGAAAAAGCUGGAUAAAGAAGAGAAGAAACGCUUGGAGCAGGAAAAGAAAGAGAAGAAAGAGAGAGAGAAAAAGGAGCAGGAGGCCAGGAAAAAGUUUAAAAUCAAGGGUCCGAUAUUGGUGCUUGAAACGGUGAAGGCCAGUGUGGAUCACAAGGGAGGAAAGAACAAACUUCCACUGAAGCAGGGAGAGAGCGUUGAAAUUGUGCGCAAAACAGAAAACCCGAAGGACUACUGGCUCGCCAGAAACCCUGAAGGCCACUAUGGCUUUGUGAAGCCUGACACUCUAGAUGUUAUGAGAAGCACACCGGAUGGACAGGAUGUGUAUGAUGAUGUGGGCGCAGAUGAUGACCUCAAUAAUCUACCAGAUGCAGCUGAAUGUGAUGCUGAUAUUUAUGACUGUCCAGAUGAUCCACAAGCUGAUUUCAGCUUUCUACCUCCACCUCCUCCAGACCCCACUGCGUUUAAUGUCUGUGCCACUGAUGAGACAUAUGACGACAUCAUUCCAGCAGAAUUCCCUCUUCCUCCGCAGUCUCCUAAAAGCUCUCGAAAGUUCAGCUCAACAAGUAAGACAGACGAGAUGGACCCGAAGAAAAAGAAAAAGUUUGAGAAGGAGGAAAAAGAGUUUAGGAAGAAGUUUAAAUAUAAUGCAGAAAUCAAUGUGCUGUAUCAAACUACUGUUCUCCAAUCGCUGGCUAUAAAGAAGUUUGGUAAUAAAGACUUGCCAGUCAAGCCUGGAGAAAUCAUUGAUGUGAUCGUUCAUCCAGUGGAUGACAAAAUCAUCGGCCGGAACAGCGAAGGAAAAUUUGGCUAUGUGUCGACUGCUAAUUUGGAGGAGGACGGCUGUAUUUAUGAUGACGUUGGUGGCGAGUGCGUCUACGACAAUGACUGAGCUUGGAUAAACUCAUCUAGUGUGUCUACAUCAUCUGUGAACAUCCUUAUUUCAUUCAUUCUUUCACCAAACAAUCCCUAUGUAUCUUCAUUGUUUGAGAAUGAUCUACAGUAAAUAUUAUAUGUUGUAUAUACAGUGACCUCAGAAGAAGUGUAGUCAUUUCUGAUCCUGUCUUUUUUU